AUGGUAGUUCCUAUUGUCGUGGGUUUGGGCGUUACGGUGGCUGCCCUCACAGCUAGAGCGGCCAUAGCCACGGCCCAGCGGUACCAGCGUCUUUCGCCCCAGAUGAUUGCCACUUUAAACAACAUAAGACUAGAGCGCACAAGCAAUACAUCCUUGAAGGAUUCUGGCGCCAAGGCUGAACACAUUCGAUAUCUCAUGGGCCGCUUCAACAAUACGGGUUUUAGGGAUCCAAUGACAGAGAAUGAAGCACUUCAGGUAUUGGGUAUCGAGGCGAGCGAGAUUUCGAGGCUAGACAAGAACCUACUUCGUCUGCGGUAUAGAAAGUUGAUGGUGAUGAACCAUCCUGACAAGAAUGGGUCCCAGUAUUUGUCACAGAAGAUCAACGAGGCCAAAGAUGUGCUUGAGAAAAGCUAUCUAUUAAAGAAGUGA